UUAACCCUCAGAGUGUAGAAGAGUCUCAACAUUCUCAUUAAUGAAUAGCAUGUGUACAUUCAGACAUUAUAGAGGACAUAUCUGUCUCUUGUUGAGCACUUUAGUGAGAUGGAGUCCUUGUUGCAUUGAUACUAGCAGGUUUGGGGUGAGGAUGACAAUAUAACAAGUAAACAAAAUAUAAUAUCUGGAGUGUGGGUGGAGUUCUUCCCAACAAAACAUUUCAGGAAAGAGUAGAAUCUCACAUGAAGUGCUGCUAGUGAAAGAGGCAGAGAAUAGAAGCACCACAUUUCAUCAGAUGAACUGAAAGCAGCACUUGAUACAUGCGUCACCAUGUUGAGACUACCGUUCCUCUUCUGUUCAUUCCAGAUUUUCUUGACUGUGAAAUCAGGCGCUCAUUCUCUGUGGGCUCUUUCCACCCUCAUCAUUGGAGACACUCCGUUCCCAGAGUUCAUCACAGUGGGGAUGCUAGAUGACAUCCAAGUAUUCUAUUACGAUUCAAAUGUGAACAACUUGAGAAAUCAACCGUCUAAACACACUGAAUGUAUUACACAAGAAGCUGCUAACCUUGUCUUCGGAGACCUGUAUAGACGUGUAAAAAAUAUAGCCUUGUUCUCAAAACACCAACUUAACCUGACAGGUGGAAUACACGUCCAGCAGGAAUGGUCUGGUUGUGAGCUAUUAGACGGUGGCAUCCCUGGUCCACUGCUAUCUCGAGGUGCUUUUAACGGAGCGGAUAACGCAGAGUGGCAGUUCAGUCUGCACCAGAAAACUCUACGGUCUGAAGGUUUAUGGUCCACAGUGUGGAAUCAUAUUGAAGCAAAUACUCAUGAGUUACUGUGUGCAAAUGUAUACGGCCCAGUUUGUAUUAAAGCCCUGAAGAAUUGCCUUCACAUUAAGAAGAACGAGGUGAUGAGAAAAGUGAAGCCCAGACUCAGGCUCCUCCAAAAGACACUUCCAGACUCCAAAGGGGCCAAAGUGACCUGCCUGGCCACUGGUUUCUACCCCCGUCACAUCAACCUGAUCCUGCUAAGAGAUGGUCAACCUGUGUCUGACCACCAGAUCACUGGGGGGGAGCUGCUACCUAAUGGAGAUGAGACGUACCAGAUGAGUAAGAGCCUGGAGGUCAGCGCAGAGGAACUACAGCAUCACCACUACACCUGCACAGCUGAACACCUCAGUCUGGACAACAAGCUGGACAUUGGCUUAGAGCGUGAGUGGGAUCCAGGAGCAACAACCAUAUUGUCAUCUGUGACGGCUGUGGCAGUGUGUCUGGUUGGAGCCACCUGUGCCGUCAUUAUAUGGUGGAGGAGGAGACGCACAGGUCAGGCCUCCCAGGCAUCACAGUCGAGUACCUACACGUCUGCUCCAAGUGCAGAUCUGGACUGAAGAGAAAUGAUGGAGCAAAAAACACGUCGGAAAGAUGCUUCAUGUCAAGUUCAUGCAAAUCAUCUUUCAGAGAUGCAUUUAACACUGCUUGAGAAUUGUACCUUUUAAGCUCAUCCUUGUUUUUCUUCAAUCUCAACCUUAUUAUUCAUGAAAAGAAUGUUCAAAGUUAAGAUAUGUUGAGAUAUGUUUGUGGUAAAUAA